AUGCCAGCUUUGACAUUCACGAAUGAAGACGGUGAGGGGGGAAAAUUAUCGGCGAUUGGUAGUUUUAAUUUAGAUGAACUAAAACGAACAUUAGAACAUGAAAGAGAGAAAAAUGUCGAAUUGAUUACAAAAAUAGAAGAAUUAGAAAGUCAAAGUUUAAAAGAUAUGAGUCAAAGAAAUAAAGAAUUCAAUCAUCUUCAAUCACAAUUAACCAAAUAUCGAUGUGAUUUUGAGAAAAGUGAAAUGUUACGUCAAACAUUGGAAUAUGAGUUGACUGUGAUGCGUAGUCAAUGUGGAAAAGAAUCAUUUAAAUAUGAAGAAUUAGAACAAAUAUUAGAAAAAACUAAAAAAUUAUUUUCAGAUAAAUUGAAUGAAAUGAACGGUGAAAUCGAUCGUCUACGAACCGAAUUAACGUCAACAGUACAAAAAUAUGAAUAUGAAUCUCAAAGAUUGGGCAAUGAUCUCAAGGAAAAAGAUGAACGAAUCUACAAACUUCAAGCAACAGCUGAUACGCACUAUGAACGUGAACGACGAAUAAUAACAUUAAACGAACAAAUUGAACGAUUAGAAAAAACAUUUGCUGAAUCGGAACAAAUUUCUCGAAAAUAUUUGGCUGAUGCCGUACAAGCAAAAGAUAAAGAAAUUGAUAUGAAAAGAGAAUAUGAUAUAUUGUUUAUGAAACUUCAAUUUUACGAACAAACACUUGACAAUGAACGAACAAUAGCUAAUGAAGCAAAACUAACAGCAGAAUUGAUGAGUAGUCGUGUAAAAGAUUUGGAUACGACUGUUGAGUUGAUGAAACAGGCAAAGAUGAAUGAUGAACACAAAAUCGAACAAUUACAAAAACAGAUUAGUAAUGAAAAAUUAUUACGUACAACUUUGAAUCAUUUACAAAAAGAUUUAGAAGAAAAAUGUUUAGAAAUGAAUAUUGCAGAACAAAGUUAUGAAAAAACUAUAAAAUCGUUAAGAGAUGAACUGGCGAAUUGUCGUCGUAAAGUACGAUUAACCGAAGAUAAACAUUCGUAUUGUAAUGCAAAAGUGGUUGAUUUAUUAAAAUUCUGUAAAAUAAUUUCAGAUACACCAGAUCAGAAUAAUAGUACCACUACUUUUGUUCCAUCAUCAAAACAAUUAGAAGAUUUAAGAUUGUAUGUGGAUAAUUUGAGAAAAAGUUCAAACGAAAAAGUCAAUGAGAUCGCUCGUUUAAAAAAGUCGGUUGAACGUUUAACAAAGUCAUCAAUAAGUCAACAUCGAACACAAUUAGAACAUGUUCAAAGUAAAGAGGAUGUAUUAAAUCAAAUGUUGGCUAUUAAGGAUGAACUUGAAUCGUGUAAAUAUGAUAAAGUAAUGUUAGAAGAGUUACUGAUGGUCACUAAAACCGAAUUACAACAGUUAGACAAACAAUAUCAACAAUUAUAUCAACAAAAUUUAGAAAUGAAAAUGUUCAUACAACAAAAAUUAAAUGACUCGAAUAAAACACAAGGAGAAGUGGUGAAUUUAUCUCUCUUGGAAUCGAUUCACGAUCGCUUACAAAUGGCAAUUCGUUCGUCUUCACAUGAUACUAAUAAUACUAAUGGUCAACAAUUAGUUAUACAUCAGAAUAAUGAUCUGUGUUCAGUGGUCAAUGAUGAAUUGAAAAUUAUUCUUAGUCGUUAUGAGUCUCUCAUGAAUUCUAGUCAACAAUUAGAACAACAACUAAAUACACGAGAAACAGAAUAUAAUAGAUUACAACAGACAAUGGAAGAACAAUUAUUGGGUUUAAAAACAGACAUCAGUCAACGAGAUGAAAAAUUUAGUAAACAAAAAGAAAUGUUAAUUACACACUAUGAAAUGACUAUGCAAGAAUUACAGACAAAUUUGAAAAAUGCUGAGCUAAAAUCUCUUGAAUCUCUUCAUCGAAAUCAAUUAUUGGAAUCGGAACAUUUGGAAAAAAAGCGUAGCUACGAGAAAUCUCAAUCGGUUAUCGAUGAGAAAGAUAGUGAAAUGAAACAGUUUAAAUUAUUAUCGACAUUUCUAGUUGGUCUCAUUUAUCCAUUGAAACAACGUUAUACACUUUUGAUUCGACAAAUGCAUAUAUUAAAACAAUUCUAUGCAAAUUAUCAAGAAGUAAAACAAUCAAUUAUUCAAUCUUCAAACACAAUUCCUAAAAUACCUCCAAUUCUUCGAUUUCGAAAAUAUGCUAUUGCAAUUAUUGCUUAUAAUCGAUUGUUAUUGUCGUCGAAGAAAAAAAAAUUUCUUUUAAUUAAUGAUGAACAAUAUUAUCAUGGAAAAACACGAUUAAAUUAUGUCUACAGAUUGCCAAAUUCUAAACAGAAUCUUCACUACGCUGAUUGUGAUACUCUUUCUCAAGAGCCAUCGAGUUUUUUGAACGAUGAAAAAUUUGAUUAUUUAAAAGAAGCUAUUGAACAUUUUCAAAUCAGUCCAAAUAAGACAAAAUCAACUGGUCAAUUUCAACAGCGUGCAUUAAAAUCGUCAUUAAUGUCUCUGCUGUGUAAAUUAGAUGGUCUCUAUGAUGAUGAUGAUGGAGAACUGAACGGCAGCAGCAACAAUAGUAAUUCCAGAAGUGUAUCAAUAAUUCAGCUUAUUAGUAGAGGGUUAGGAAAACAUAUAAACGGAACUAAAUCAAAAGGUUCAUGUGUGUCUGUACAAGAUCUUGUGCAGGAUUUAACACUUCGUACCAGAGAAUCAGAUGCCGAUAAUAAAUUAUUAAAAUUACAACUUCAUUCGUGUUCUCGUGAUAGUGAUGAAUUAAAACAAUGUCGAUUAACAGUUAAAAAAUUAGAAAAACAAGUAAAAUCAAAUCAAAAACAGAACGAAUCGAUGAUUCCAUUUGAACAGUUUGAAGCCAUUUACAAAGAACUAGAAUCUGCUUUGUCUCGUGAGAAACAAGCACAAUCCAUAUUAAAUGAACAAAAUCAACAAUUACAACAAAUAACAGACAUUCUAAAUGACACUCAAACAGCGCGAGAUCAAUCGGUUAGAGAAUUGACUAAUAAAGAACAAAUUAUUUCCAGUUUAAAACAGCGUGCCCAUGAUCUACAACAAAUAAACUUGCAAAUGGAUGCCAACUUACAAAGAGCAGAAAAUGCUAUAAGACUAGUUUUUAAAGAUAAAGAAGAAUUACAAUCAUAUUGUCAGUAUGUAUCAUCGAUUUUAACAAAAGCUACAACAGACAUGGUUCAAAAUCGAAAAUAUAAACAACUCACAAAUUUUCUUCAAUCUAUUGUUCAAAAACAACUUGGUCAUUCAGAAAAUAAGAUAUCAUUUGAAAUUGAUUCAUGUCAAAUGAUGACUAAUUUGUUUGUUUCAUUACUUCGUCAAUUAAUCGAAAAACUGGCCAUGUUUGAAGAUGAAAUAUUGGCACUGAAAAGGCAUGCACAAGUUCUAACAGAUAAUUUUAAAUCAGCACCUCAAUUAACCAGAGAAAACACAUUUAUUCAAAACGAGGCAAAUCAACUGGAAUCAUCCUCACCAGAAAUUGUACCAACAAAAGACACAACAUCAAGACAUUCAUCAUCAUCUUCAUUUAUACAAGAUUCAAAACGAGAUUCAAUAGAGCUAACCAAGAAUCGUGCUGUUUUAUCAACUGUCCGCUUGGGUUCAGCGGAAUAUUCUGCAUUUAAACCGAUAAGACCCGAUAGUUCAACGUCGUCUAUAGUUACAAACAAUUAA